GGCUGGUUCAGGAGCCAUCUUUGUGGAGGGCAAGGCGGGCGGUUUGACCCCGCGGUGUCCGAGGAGCUGCCUGGGUGUGAUGUUCCCUGCCCUGCACCAUCUCCGCCUGGGCGCCCGCCUCACACUCGGUGCCACGAGGGCAGGUGGCUCUCCCCGGGGGUACCUGUCCCAGGAGAACGAGCAGCGGUGCCGAGGGCUGCUGGAGACCUCCACCAGACGCUACCGGCAGGAGGCGGUGGCAGCGGCUGUGCUGGUGACACUGUGUUCUGUGAGUGGGUACCCUGCGCUGCUGUACACGCUGCGCUCCAGCACGCUGACGGGCCAUCACAAGGGAGAUGUCAGUUUCCCGGGCGGCAAGUGCGACAGCUCCGACCAGGAUGUGAUCGCCACAGCACUGAGGGAGACGCAGGAAGAGCUGGGCCUGCACUUGGGGGCUGAGAGCGUCUGGGGGGUCAUGAAACCCCUACCCACCGGGAGGGGACUGACUGUUGCUCCUGUCCUGGCACAUCUGGGCCCCUUGGAGUGUAUGUGUCUGAGCCCCAACCCACAGGAGGUUGAGGAUGUUUUCACCAUCCCCUUGUCUCACCUGCUGCAGGCCCAGAACCACGGUUACACCCACUUCUGCCAGCAGGGCCGCUACAGCUACACGCUGCCCGUCUUCCUCAACGGCCGCUACCGGGUGUGGGGGCUGACGGCCAUCAUCACGGACCUCACGCUGGAGCUGCUGGCGCCCAGCGCCUACCGCCGGAGAACACACCCACCCAGCACCCGCUGAGCCCUCAGCCCACCUGCGCUAUGGCCUGCCCUGGCCCCACAGCAUGGACAGAGCCAGCUGGCCGGGCUGGGCGAGGGCCCCCUGGAGGCAGAGAGAGCCAGCGGGGCAGGCUAGGCGAGGUGUCCCCCCCAUCUCAAGGGCAGAAAGAACAAGGGGGGCAGGCUGGGCGUGCCCCCCCCAGAGGCAUGGGACAGAGCUGAGGGGGUGACCCCAGCAGGGAAUUGGGGGCAGUUACACGGUGUCUGGAGGGGGGAUGCUGACGAGACCUGCGUGAGCCAUGAUGCUGGCGGCUGCUGUAUUUCAUGUGGGGUCUACUCAUAAACAAGCCUCCCUGAG